AUGGCCAGCGUCCAGCAGGGCGAGAAGCAGCUCUUCGAGAAGUUCUGGCGAGGCACCUUCAAAGCCGUGGCCACGCCGCGACCCGAGAGCAUCAUCGUGGCCAGCAUCACGGCCCGCAAGGCGCUGCCCAGCAGGACGCUCAGCUGCCUGACGUACCCUGGGGAGGACAAACAUCCUGAAAAGCUCAGUGGCCGCGUGGUCAAGGAGGCUUCCACCACCAACGGCUGUGCGAAAGGGAAGGAGAGACGAGACCAUGCUCACCGCAGGUCCCGCAGCCCCUCGUGUGAUGGGCAGCGUCCGCCAUCGCCGGCCCGGGGGAAGAAGAAGAAGAAGAAAUCCGGCCGCAAGAAGCGAAGGAGGUCUCCCUCCUACAGCCCCUCGCCUGUGAAGAAGAAGAAGAAGAAGAAAAGCUCCAAGAAGCGAAAAAGAAACAGAUUAUCUUCAAAGAAGAGAAGACACAGUUCUUCAAGCCCCAAAAGUAAGAGAAAGGAAGAAAGAAAACACAAAAAACACUCUCGUGGGCGCACCCGGAAAUCUCAUCGCCAUCGCCACCGCCACUGCCACUCUCGCUCAGAGAGCUCUGACUCCCACUCCCCCAGCUGCCGAAGCAGGCACAGAGCCAGGUCUCGGGAGGAAGGGCGCAAAACACGGCGAAGACACUCCCGGCACCACUCAAAGAUCACAGCAAAGCGAAGCUCCUCUGCAGAGGUUCAGGCCAGCCAAAAAGCCAGCCAAACCCUCCCGCUCUACAGCUUCCUGUCUCCUAAGGAAGUAAUCUCUCAGUCAGGGUCUUCUGCUGACCUCUUUACCAAAACAGACAGCCCGCCUGGCAACCUAGCCAGCCAGAACGGAGAGUAUCAUGAAUAUGACUCAGGAAACGAUACUUCCUCCCCUCCCUCCACUCAAACGAGCUCAUCCAGGUCAAAGGACAGCCAGGAGAAAAGAAGUCUAGUCCAUGAUGGCUUUGGCCAUGCCUUCUCGUCCGGGAAGCCCAAACUGGCCAACAGCGAUAACAGCUCUGAUUCAGGAAAUUCCUUCACCAGUUGCUUUUCCCAGACCAAGGGAACAGCUUUGGAAAAUCUGUCUCCAGAUGCCCAGGGACAAGACCGAAGAGGGUGCCUGUCCUUGUGUCUCAGCUGUUCGGAGGAGAAGCAGCGAAACUUCUUCCCAUCCCCAACCCACAGCUCCCCACUGAGGCCAUGCUCCCGCAGCGGGUCGUACACCAGCACGGGCAGAUCCUCCCCCGACUCCAGCCGCUCCAGCCGCUCCCACUCCUCACACCACAAGACCUCUCCCAGGUACUCCCGAAGCAGGUCCUGCUCUUCAGGAAAGAGGUCUUCUUCACGCUCCCCCAGCUAUUCCUCCAAAUCCUGCAAAAAAAGUCCUGGGAGCCGGAGUUCAAGGCCUCGUCGGAGCCCCAGUUACUCCCGCUACAGCCCUAGCAGAGACCGUGAGCGAGAGCACAAGUACAGCUCCAGUGAGAAGGAGUCACACAGGGAGCGUGACCGGCGGCGGCGGCGGUCAUAUUCGCCCCUUAGGAAACGUAGGAGAGACUCUCCCAGCCACCUCGAAGCUCGGCGCAUCACGAGCGCCCGCAAACGCCCCAUCCCCUACUACCGUCCCAGUCCCUCUUCCUCCAGCAGUGCCAGCAGCUAUUCCUCCUGGUACAGCAGCUUUAGCCGCUCCCCGAGCCGAAGCCGGAGCUACUGCAGCUACCGGACGAGCCGGAGCCGAAGCUGGAGCAGCAGCAGCACCGAGGGCAGGAGCCGCAGCCAGAGUUCGGGCCCCAGGAGCAGCCGCAGCAGGAGCAGGAGCUAUGACUCAGGAGGCAGCUCCGACAGCCUGCGUCGCUAG